CUCUUGGCCGCCUGGUGGAUGCUGCGUCUCUCGGAGGCGCUGUCACACGUGGAGGGACGCGGGACCCCGGGGUUCCGCCCUCGCGGCCCGCAUGUUCGAGGAGCCGGAGUGGGCCGAGGAGGCCCCUGUAGUCGCGGCCCUCGGACACGGACCCUCCCGGCCCGCGGCCGCCUCGCAAACCAAGGGCUCUAAGCACAGCCAGCUCUUGGCCACCUUACGGGCCCUGGAGGCUGCAUCUCUUCCUAAGCAACUCCCCAGCCUACCUGGCAGUGACUCGGAGGAGGAGAUAGCACAGAAGAAAAAGCACCCAAAAAAGGCCUCAUUUGCUAGUGCCUCUGCUGAAGUAGGGGGUAAACGGAAGGGAUGCCAGAAACAGGCUCCAACUGAGAGUGACUUUGAGGAUGAGGAAGUGGAAAGAAAGAAGAAAAGCUGCAAGAAAAGGGCCCUUCUUGACAGGGACUCUGUUGAAGAGGAGACAAGAAAGAGGAAGUGCCAGAAACCAGCCCCUUCAAACAGAGCCCAGCACAUAGACAAUGUGGAGCAAACAGGCCCCAAAGCACAGAAAGAGCAUGUUACAAAUGACCCGCACAAGUCAAGCACUGAGGCUACUUCUCAGCCACCUCAUAGCUUGAGCCGCAAGCAGUGGCGAAACCGGCAGAAGAACAAGCGGCGACACAAGAACAAGUUUCGGCCUCUGCUGCCACAGGGCCAGGCUCCAGGCAUGGCCCCUUCGGAAGAGGCAGAAGUGCCUCCUGCUCCCAGGCCAGACAGCCAUGAGGCCCGGGCGGGAGCGCUGCGAGCCCGCAUGGCAGAGCGGUUGGAUGGCGCCCGAUUUCGCUACCUCAAUGAGCAGCUGUACUCAGGGCCGAGCAGCGCUGCCCAGCGCCUGUUCCAAGAAGACCCAGAGGCCUUUCACCUCUACCACCGGGGCUUCCAGAACCAAGUCAAGAAGUGGCCACUGCAUCCUGUGGACCGAAUCAUCAAGGAUCUGCGCCAGCGGCCUCCAUCCCUGGUGGUGGCGGACUUCGGCUGCGGGGACUGCCGCUUGGCUUCAAGUAUCCGGAACCCUGUGCACUGCUUUGACUUGGCUCCUCUGGACCCCAGGGUCACCGUGUGCGACAUGGCCCAGGUGCCGCUGGAGGAUGAGUCUGUCGAUGUGGCUGUGUUCUGCCUGUCACUGAUGGGAACCAAUAUUAGGGACUUCCUGGAAGAGGCAAACCGAGUGCUGAAGCCAGGGGGUCUCCUGAAGGUGGCUGAGGUCAGCAGCCGCUUUGAAGAUGUCCGAGCCUUUCUGGCGGCUGUGUCCAAGUUGGGCUUCAAGGUCAACUCCAAGGACAUAACCAACAGCCACUUCUUCCUGUUUGACUUCCAAAAGACUGGACCCCCUCGGGUGGGAACCCAAACUGAACUCUCAGGCCUGAAGCUUCAGCCAUGUCUCUACAAGCGCAGACCAGCUCCUCUGGCACGCACGGGUUCUCUUCCUUCAGCUUCAGUCCGCCAGGUCUUCACGGCUGUAGACAGGCAGGUGUUGCUUCUGAAGCUCCUGGCAGCCCACCAACGUCCUGGCUCAACAUGCCAGCCUGGGCUCCUGGAUGAUGCGACACUCUCCACAGCGGAGUGGUUGGUCACAGCCGCCUGACUUUUCCCUGCACUGUGCACUUCAAGCUGUUCGUAUCCAAGUCAACCACUCCUAGCGCCGAGUUUCCUGAGAGUGUGCAUAACCGAGUACAGAUGUCGGAGCCAAGUAGACCUGGGUUUGAAUCCCCACUUGCUACUUAGAGCUAGGAGUCCCUUAAUCUCAGAUGCUUCCGUGCCAGAUGCUUCGUUGGAAAGUGGUGAAGACUCUUGUUUAUGGGUUGGUGUGGGCUCACUGAGAGAAUCUGUGGCCCUGGCUAGAGGCAUGGGAGGGGUUCAAUAAACCCUAACUGUGCCUAUCA